AACCAGUCAGACAGCCCAAGCUGCAAAGGAAAAGACCCAACAAACAGCCCAAGCAGCAAAGGAUAAGACCCAACAGACAACCCAGGCAACAAAAGAAAAAGCCCAAGACACAACUGGUCGAGCAAAAGAAAAGGGGUCAGAAAUGGGCCAGUCCACUAAGGAAACGGCCCAAUCAGGAAAAGACAAUUCAGCUGGGUUUUUGCAGCAGACUGGAGAAAAGGUUAAGGGUAUGGCCCAAGGUGCAACUGAUGCUGUGAAACAGACAUUUGGAAUGACAAAUGAUGAUCAAGACAAAGACCAUUUCCCAACCAAUCGUCAUUGAGAUUAUAAGCUGAAUGCUAGAUUUCAAUUCAAUAAUAAUGUCGUAAUUUGGUUUUUAUUCAACGCACUUUUUUUAAAUAAGUUGCGCUAUAUUUCAUAUAUUGAAGUUAGAGGGAUUAAAAUGUAUUAUGUAUUGUACUAUCCUAUUUUGUAGUUUGAAGUAUUGAACUCUGUUUUCUUUUA